AUGCCUUCCAAUCCACUUCGCAGAUAUGCACAUUAUGCAAAAGGUGAAAAUUGGGCAUUGGUAACAGGAGCAACAAAUGGAAUGGGUGAAGAAUUUGCACAUCAAUUAGCCGGAUUAGGUUUCAAUGUCAUCGUACAUGGACGUAAUGAAACAAAGUUGACAUCUGUCAAAUCUGCAAUCGAAUCUAAGCAUUCGGGAAUACAAGUUCGUACAAUCGCAGUAGAUGCAUCACAAUUACCUCCAAAGGUAUCAGAAUUUAAAGCUUUAUUUGAAGAAUUGAACAUCACCGUUCUGAUCAAUAAUGUCGGAAUCGUUUCUCAAAAUUAUCCUCUAUUGGAAGAAGAGACCGAACAGGAAAUCUUGGCUCAAUUAACAACGAACAACGUAUUCCCUACCUUGUUGGCUUCUGUGGCUCUACCGCACCUCAAACAGAGACAGCCUUCAUUGAUGAUCAAUAUGUCCAGUUUGGGAUCAUGGGCUCCUGCACCUUACCUAUCACCUUACAGUGGAGCAAAAGCAUACAACAUGUACUUCUCCAGAGCACUAUACAACGAGAUGGCAUGCGAAAAGCAACAAGUUGACAUCGUUUGUCUUGCUCCCGGACAAGUCGUAAGCGGAAUGAACGAAGGUCCUCCAACAACGAUGAUGCCAUUAGCAGAAAAGUGGGUAGCCAAGGCAUUAUCGUCCGUUGCUCCCGGAUUCUUCUCAAAACGACCUGCACCUGUGAUCGUACCUUGGGGACCGCAUGCAUGGGGUGUCAGAGCGAUGGAAUGGAUGACGAGAAGCAUGUGCGAUAAUGCAGUAAAGGGUGUAACAGUUGAUUUACGUAAUAAGAAAAGAUCUGAAAAAAGCGGAGAAAAAGUACAAACAACCUCAACAACAAAGACAAACGGAGACGCAAAUGCAUCAACACAACCACAAAAAGCUGAUCAAACUGAAAGUGAAGGCACUGCAGCCCCAAGUGAAAAUACGGCAGCCGAUCAUUCGUAA